AAAAAAAAAAACUCGUACAUUUCAUCAAGUGAUCAGAAACUUUAUCCUUUAAACAGAGCAAUAAUCAAAGGCUACUAGCUUUUUGUACUGCAAAAGCAAGUAUUAAUAACAAUCAGAUUAGACUACAUUUGUUUUCAUCAGAGCAGCCCACUUUCUAGGUCUGAAAUUAUACUGUUUAUUUAUUUAUUAAUUUUUAUUUUUUUUGAGAUGGAGUCUCGCUCUGUUGCCCAGGCUGGAGUGCAGUGGCACGAUCUCGGCUCACUGCAACCUCUGCCUCCCGAGUUCACGCCAUUCUCCUGCCUCAGCCUCCCGAGUAGCUGGGACUACAGGCGCCCGCCACCACGCCCAGUUAAUUUUUUUGUAUUUUUAGUAGAGACGGGGUUUUACCGUGUUAGCCAGGAUGGUCUUGAUCUCCUGACCUGGAUCCGCCCGCCUCGGCCUCCCAAAGUACUGGGAUUACAGGCAUGAGCCACAGCACCUCGCCAAUUAUACUGUUCUUUACACCCAACUCAACCAAUCCAUUGGAUUUCUCUUAAACAUGCAGCAUAUUAGAUACUGUUUCAAAUUUAGUGUUAUAUGCUAAAACCAACUAUUUACCUAGAAUCUAUUAAUAAAUUUAAAAUUUCCAAGCAACAUAUCAAGAAAUUAAAAAUUUUUUGAAUUUUUGUUAUGUAUCACAUUUCUGUAAAUUAUAUAAAAUUGUGACACUGCUUUUCUUUUUUUGUAGAAUGGCAUGAAAUAGAGGACUGAACUUUAGCUAAGAAUAAUCAUACUUAUGUGCUUUCCAAGAUACUAUAUAUAGCAUGUCCCCCUUUUACAAAUUAUGGUCAUUGUAAUUUCUCUGUCUACAGUUACAGAGUCUAUUUAUCUACCUACUACUUUUUUGAAACUUCUAACAAACCAUUCAAACUCGACACUAGUUUCCCCAAAGGAAAAUGAGAAUAAUCCUACUAGUAAGCAUUUGUAGGAAUAUUUUAAUUACAUUAUAUAAUCUAUAUCAUUGCCAUAUAGCAAUAAAGAAGCCAAUCAAAGUCCUACAGAAAAUGAACAUUCAGUUAGCAACGUAGCAAAUCUGGAGAUAUUGCAGUAUCAAUGGAAGAAGCCCAGGAUAUUAAAAAUAAAACUCCAAAGUGCUUAAUGACCAUUGCAGAAUUUGUUUCAUAAAUAAAAUCUUUAAAAACAAGAGUCUGAUUUCUGUUAACUAUAAUUUCAAGUGGCAGAAAUAUAAAUGUGGUUUUGUUAACUUUGUUUCCUUUAUUUCUGAAAAGCAGAAUCCUGUGUGGUACUGAAAUGUCAAAUGGUAUCUUAGAAAAUUCUAGACCUAUCAAAAAUAACAUAUAAAACCAUGUAAUAUCAUAAAACUUUUAAAACUGUUUUCUCAUAUUUUGGGGUAACCUCUUAAAAUGGUAAUUCAAUAAACUAGUUUUUACUUCUGUAAAUUUAUACAUUUUUUGGUCUUUUUUCAAGGUCAAACUGAUACUGUUACUAUGAAUAUGAGGGGGUGAAUAAAAUUGCACACUGUAAGAAUCCUGAGACUAUGUUACACACAACUAGACAAUUUUUUGGAUUCUCCCAGCGUUUUAAAUAUUUUCUUGCUUACUAACAACUUCUUAACCUGUAGGUGAAACACAAUGAAGGCACUAAAUCCGAAACCACGAAAUUUGGAAGUAGACCUAGGCUUGUACUCUGGCAUUACUACUUACUACUUUCGUAUGUUGUGGUAGAUACUUUAACUUCUCUGAAUCUGCUUUCUCAAGUAUAAACAAUGAAUAACAAUACCUGUCUGGAGUCAUGAAUGAAGAUGGAAUGAGAUUACACUGCCUGGAGCAUUCUGAGUGCUGAAUAAAUGGUGGUUUCAUUCUCAGCUGUCCUUCAGCAAUCCUGAUUUGACGCUCCCGUGACAGACAUUUGUCCACGUAAAUACGGCAUGUUUUCUGAUUCUUCCUAGCAACUUCCUUUAUAAGUAAUCCACCCACACAUUUACGUGUUAAUUCUAACAGAGUCCAUAAUAACCAGUGAGCUAUUUUAACAGUGUCAGCAGAGAUAGAUUAAAGAAUCGAUGAAAAGUAAUUCAGUGCAAUUUACGGAUUACUCAUCUUAUUUUCACUAACAGAUGACUGCCAUCUUGUACAGAUAUAUUUCGCAUACAGAAAAUUACAUUUAAUCACAAUAUUGUUUGGGUGGGUUAGUCUGUAACUUGAAGUAAAAUGUAUUGACAGGAUAAAAUGAAAGCUUUGAAAGAGUGCAACGGUGGAAAAACGAGGUUAAGCGAGAAGUAGGAAUUACCAAUCUUCCAUGGUUAGAAGAUUCAUUAGACGCAUUUGCCUUCAAAUAUUAGAUUCUCUACAGAAUGUUGGUAAACGCCAGUGAGAAAUUAAUAGUGAGAACACCAGAGUAGUGUUAAACCACCUUGAUAAUCAGAUGGCUCGGAGCAGUUUAAAGCCCUCACGAAAGAGGACUGUUUUUACCUUCCCUGUCUCCCGCAAUUAAUGCCAUUUUUAAAAGAGAAAAUAUGUCACACAUCAACUCUCAAUAGGCUGACAUGCUCCUCAAUACGUUCCUUAAAAAAAGAAAAAAAACAAAAAACAAACUUGUGCGCAAAUAUUUCAGAUGCCAUUCCACCCCAAACCCGUUCCAAAACCUAAAAAUCACUUUCAAGCCAAACUCGCGGCUCGUUGGUGAUUCACGGCCAGGAUCUCGAGGCAGGAAAUAGUGCACUCACCCCGCAUCCUCCUGAAUCAGCCAUUUCGGUAAGAAGACCCAGAAGCACUAGCAGUUUAUUUGUAAUUUGUUUACCAUUUAAAAGCAAGUUAUUUCCCAAAGGAAAUCUAAGCAAUUGUACAUUAAGCAGUCACCAAUUUUACAAUUUAUAUCAUGAACCCCGCUUUGCCCACCGCCCGCGUCCCUCUUGGAGCCCACGACGCUCAGCAGUCGAGCCGUCGCACCGCACAGCCCAUAGGAACCUGGAGCGCUCCGCGCUUUGCCCCAAUUUCCCUACUUGGGGUCUCCGCUACAGCUAGAGCGGUCGGCCAAUGGAGGCCUUCUCCCGCACUCGCCGUCCCGCCUUCCAGUUCCACUGAAGCCAAUAAAAAGGGCCGUCUGGAGACAGAAGCCAAUGGGAGCUCGGGUAGAGUCGUCAUGAUUGGCUGCGGUCUCUUCGUAGUGUAGUCUAGGCCUCUGCCUCCGUUACCCUGGAGCCCAGGUUACCGCCGCUGCCAGCCAGGAGCCGCGGUCCUCGCCCCCGUCCCAUCCCUGUGUUUAAACCUCCCGCAUCUCGGCAACCUGGGCACCCGCCCGGCAGCCUCCGCAGGAGCCAGGCACCCGCUCUUUGGCGGCCAGACGCCGAGGCCCCAGCUGGGAGUUCGGUCCUACGAGGGAAGGCAAGGAGGCGGGACGCCGCAUCGGCUCUGCGGAAGAGCCGGCGGGUUGGAGGUGGGCUUUGAAGUGGGCGUGGAGACGGCGGGGGAGGUGGAGGUGCGAGGGCAAAAAAAUUUAUCUUCUGGAUGCUAAUGUGAAUUGUGGUCUACAAAUACAUUGUGGAGAAAAUAGAUUGUGGAGAAAUGAAUAUUAUCAGGAUCUGAAGACUGUGGAAAUGUUUUUCAGUAUUGUCAUAGUCUCCUCUGGAGAAAAUAAUCUGUGAAAUUAUGUGAAUAGAGACCAUUUUUCAAAACAAUGGGGGAAAGAGCAAGAAAUCCAGGUACUGAUCAAGAAAGAGAGGCAGGCAAACAUCAUUAUUCUUACUCAUCUGAUUUUGAAACGCCACAGUCUUCUGGCCGAUCGUCGCUGGUCAGUUCUUCACCUGCAAGUGUUAGGAGAAAAAAUCCUAAAAGACAAACUUCAGAUGGCCAAGUACAUCACCAAGCCCCUCGGAAACCAAGUCCUAAGGGUCUACCAAACAGAAAGGGAGUCCGAGCGGGAUUUCGCUCCCAGAGCCUCAAUAGAGAGCCACUUCGGAAAGAUACUGAUCUCGUUACAAAACGGAUUCUGUCUGCAAGACUGCUAAAAAUCAAUGAGUUGCAGAAUGAAGUAUCUGAACUCCAGGUCAAGUUAGCUGAGCUGCUAAAAGAAAAUAAAUCUUUGAAAAGGCUUCAGUACAGACAGGAGAAAGCCCUGAAUAAGUUUGAAGAUGCCGAAAAUGAAAUCUCACAGCUUAUAUUUCGUCAUAACAAUGAGAUUACAGCACUCAAAGAACGCUUAAGAAAAUCUCAAGAGAAAGAACGGGCAACUGAGAAAAGGGUAAAAGAUACAGAAAGUGAACUAUUUAGGACAAAAUUUUCCUUACAGAAACUGAAAGAGAUCUCUGAAGCUAGACACCUACCUGAACGAGAUGAUUUGGCAAAGAAACUAGUUGCAGCAGAGUUAAAGUUAGAUGACACCGAGAGAAGAAUUAAGGAGCUAUCAAAAAACCUUGAACUGAGUACUAACAGUUUCCAACGACAGUUGCUUGCUGAAAGGAAGAGGGCAUAUGAGGCUCAUGAUGAAAAUAAAGUUCUUCAAAAGGAGGUAGAGCGACUAUAUCACAAAUUAAAGGAAAAGGAGAGAGAACUGGAUAUAAAAAAUAUAUAUUCUAAUCGUCUGCCAAAGUCCUCUCCAAAUAAAGAGAAAGAACUUGCAUUAAGAAAAAAUGCUGCAUGCCAGAGUGAUUUUGCAGACCUGUGUACAAAAGGAGUACAAACCAUGGAAGACUUCAAGCCAGAAGAAUAUCGUUUAACACCAGAAACAAUUUUGUGUUACAAAAACAAAUGGGAAGAACCAGAACAUCUUACUUUGGACUUAGAAUCUCAAAAGCAAGACAGGCAUGGAGAAGCAGGGAUUCUAAACCCAAUUAUGGAAAGAGAAGAAAAAUUUGUUAAAGAUGAAGAACUCCAUGUCGUAAAACAGGAGGUUGAAAAGCUGGAGGAUGAAUGGGAAAGAGAAGAACUUGAUAAAAAGCAAAAAGAAAAGACAUCUUUACUGGAAAGAGAAGAAAAGCCAGAGUGGGAAAGUGGAAGGUACCAACUAGGAAUGUAUCCAAUUCAGAAUAUGGAGAAAUUGCAAGGAGAGGAAGAAGAAAGACUGAAGAGAGAAAUGCUACUUGCUAAACUGAAUGAAAUUGACAGAGAACUCCAAGAUUCUCGAAAUCUAAAAUACCCUGUUUUGCCAUUGUUACCUGAUUUUGAAUCAAAACUACACUCCCCGGAGAGAAGCCCCAAAACAUACAGGUUCUCUGAAUCCUCAGAGAGAUUAUUUAAUGGGCAUCAUUUGCAAGACAUUGGUUUCUCAACUCCAAAAGGAGAAGGCCAGAAUUCAGGAAAUGUUAGAAGUCCAGCCUUCCCUAAUGAGUUUUCAUUUGGUAGCUACGUGCCUUCGUUUGCAAAAACAUCAGAGAGGUCAAAUCCAUUUAGUCAAAAAAGUAGUUUUUUGGAUUUCCAGAGAAGCAGUAUGGAAAAACUUAGUAAAGAUGGUGUAGAUUUAAUUACAAGAAAAGAGAAAAAAGCUAAUUUGAUGGAACAGUUAUUUGGUGCCAGUAGUAGCAGCACCAUUUCCUCCAAAAGCAGUGACCCAAAUUCUGUGGCUUCCGGUAAAGGAGACAUUGACCCUCUAAAUUUUCUCCCUGGGAAUAAAGGCAGCAGAGAUCGAGAACAUGAUGAAGAUGAAGACUUUUUCCUCAGUGAAGGAAGAAGUUUUAAUCCAAAUAGAUACGAGUUAAAACAUGCAGACGAUAAACCAGCAGUAAAAGCAGCUGAUUCUGUAGAAGAUGAAAUUGAAGAAGUAGCACUGAGAUGACUGACUGGAGUAUACAUUUUUUCUAAUUGUAAAUAUUGAAAUAUUUUAAUACAGUAUUAUAAACAUUCAGACUUUUUAAUGCUAAAAUGUCCUUAUUAAGGAAUGAUUUUAAUAGCUAAAUACAAUGCGGUUAAAAAGAAGUAGAUCAUACAUAUGCCACAUAGAUAGUUUGCCAAGAAUGGAGGAGGCUUUUUUGAAUGAAACCAAAAAUAAAAAUGUGUCUUGAAAAAUGAAAUAGAUUUUAACUCUUCAUCCAGUGCUAUGGCAAGUCUAACUGCACUGGAGGUGGUAUUCCUUUUCUACUUUUAUCCCUAUUUAUGUAUUUAUUUUUGAUCAUAUUCUCACUGAGCUAAAUACAGUCUUCCCACUAAUUGUUGAAUGAAAAUUAAGGGUGAAAGUCUGUGUUGGGAAGUGUAGCUCCGGGUGGUGGAGAACCAGUGCUUCUUAGGGAGCCCUUCCCUGCAUGGAUAGGGCCAGGGGUCCCUAUCUUACAUGGCAGUGCUGAGCUACUCUUGAGUGAUAGCAGUCACGACAUGGGGAUUUCCCAUUCCUCUGAAAGUACCCACAGCUAGACACUACUCAUUUCCCAGUUUCAGUAUUUACUGAAAUCACUUACCUACAAUUCUGUUAGAAUAUUACGUUGAGUUCAGAAGACAUUUCUUUGUUUGCAAGGACAGUUGCUCUCUGUCAUAGCCCGCAGAAGGUUGGGUACAUUGUAAUUCCUCUCCUUGUUCUCCUGCACUCUUUGUGUCUCAGUGACUGGGUGUAAGAUUUCAUGCCAAAUGCAAGGAAUAGUAGAAAUACAUACCAACUGCAAAGAAUAGAAGAAACUUUAUCCCAAUAUAUUAUAGAAAGAUCUUCAGUUCAAUUAUGUCCAGAGUAAUAUAAUUUGGAAAUAUUAAUGCUUUUAAGAUUUGAACUUGUCCUCAAACCAAGGAGACAACAAUAGUGUAAUACUAUUGGAAUUACAGGAUUAGUUUUAAAGCAACUUUGGAUAGAAGUGUUUUAGACAUAGGACUUCUGCCUUGCUGAUUAGAGUGGAUAGUUUUCUGUUUAAAUGCAUUGGUCUUUUGGCUGUUUGUAAUUCACUUCAGCUUAUAGAGAAGUUGAUGACCUUGGAUCAUGCUGGGUAUGAUUGGUCUUUAAAAAGCAGUAAUAUACCACCAGCCAAGGAGAAAACACUGUUAAAAUGAAGAGUGGUGGAAAUAGUGUGUUGGGAAGAAUAAAAAAUUUAGAUUGGCACUUAUUCUAAAGUGAGCUGUUUUUUUCAAGAAUUUACUAGCAUCUGCUCGUAGUAUGAUUUCUGUUGCAGUCAUACAUACUGAUGAGGGGAAGGAGUUACUGUGUUAUUCUGAGUUCUUAUAAAUGUGUAUUAUUGAAUUUCAUUGCAUGACUAUUUGUCAAGACUUACCUGGUUAGGUCUGCAAUUAAAAGAUGUACCUCCUAUCAUCUUCUAAAUUGUGUUCCUUUCAUUUAUUGGGAACAGAAUCUCUCAAAAGUACUAAACUAUAUCAAAAAGUUUUCUUAAUAGAUUUGUAUCUCUGAUAUGUAUAACCAUUUACUAUAAUAUGUUGCAAAUCAUUCUAAUAUAUGUAAAACAAUAGUAUUUGUAAUGCAGUUCUUGGUAAAAUAUUAUGUAAUGUUAAUUUUGUUCCUAGCUGCUAAUUUUUCUGCCAAAAGUAUUCUAAUUUUUAGGUUGUUUUAAAGGCUUUCAAAACUUUUUAGUUAAGUUUUUUAUUCACGUCAUUUAAAUUAGUUUUUUGCUUUUUUUCUACCUGAUGAUCUCUUUAACAAGAUGCAACAAGACAGAAUUAUUAAAAUUAAACCUAAAGUUAUAGAUUUAAAGGCAUUAUGAUAUUAAGCAUUAAAAUUGGAGAUUAAAAUGUACAAAACAGGGUUUUCCUUAUGAACAAACCUUACAGGGUAAAUUUUUUUUUUUUCUAAAUGUGAUUAAAUUUAUUUGUACUCAGAACUGUUACUAAUAAAAAUUAAAAAUGC